AUGAGCAAUUACAACAAUGUCGACAUAACAUCAAUCUUGAAACAAAUUGCCAGUCUCACGGCAAAGGUAAGUCAGCAGGAAGUGCUUUGGGAACGAUUUGCCGCCUUAGAGGAGACUAUUGCCGCCCUAAAUACCAAAAAUAAGGCCCUUGAGCAAGAAAAUGCUGCCCUCCGUGCCCGUCUGGCCGAAGCCCCCGCCAGACCCGCUGCCACUCCCGCUAGAGCUCCUGCCGCCACCCCAGCCGUCCCUGCCGCCACACCUGCUGCCUCUAUUGAACAAGGUACUGAAGCAUCCAUGUGGAGCACUGUUGUUGCACGUCGCCCCAAGGCUACCAAGGGUCCCGCUAAGCCACCUGCAGGUAAGAAGGUGACAGUAAAGCGCCGUGAAGCCAUCGUCCGUGGGUUCAAUGAAGUCUCUGGCCCCUCUGGAUAUACAACAGUGUAUAUCAACCGUUCCCGUCGCUUUACUAAGACUGAAGUCCGACGUAAUCUUCGCCUUCUUGGUGCCGAGCCUCGCCGCAUCGUUGAUGUCUCUUUCCCGGCCCGUAAUAUAAUCGGUCUCUUGAUCCACCGUGGUUUCGAAGAAGCAUUUGAAGGUCUUCUUGCAAAAGCCAAGAUUGCUACUAUAAAGGACUUUGAUCCUUUGGAUCCCAUCAAUGUUGCUGACCCCAAAUACAAAGAUAUGGACACUGACUCUCGUUUCACUGUUGCCUUGCGCCUACAGAAUCAACAGUACAUUCAACUUGGCUGGGUCUCGGAGGAAGACCUCCACUCAUUGGGUCCUCGCAAUCCUUUGGCCUCUUGGGAUGACGUAGAUAGAUCUUCUGCUGCUCCUGCUUCUUCACCCACUGACACCGAAAUUGAUUCAUCCACUCCUUCUCGUCCUUCCUUUCCUUCUACUGUCUCUCCUUCUCCUCCUCUGCUUCCUCUCAACAUCGGCCUCUGGAAUGCCAAUGGUCUCCAAGCUUCCUCGGUCGAUGAUCUCCUCCGUCACUGCCAGAUUUCUCACUCAUCCUCAUCACUGAAACCUGGCUGCUUCCUCCAUCUCGUCUACCUACCUCUUGGGAACAACACCACCUUAUGGUACUCCUGUUGCUGGCAACUUUCGUGGGUCCAUGGGUGUGUCUUGCCUUGUCUCUCCUUCUUGUCCUCUGCCUGUGUUCCAAAUACCAGUGCAAAGUUCUAUGCUCUCGGCCUUCAAUUGGAAGUUGUCUCUGUCUUUGACUCCCUUCCUUUGUCAACUGACACUAUCAUUUGCGGUGACUUGAAUGCUCGUCUUGGUGACAUCACUGGUGAUGGUACUUCCAACACUCGCGGCAACCUCUUGCAACAAUGGUGUGAAGAGCAUUCUCUGUCCAUCCUGAAUGCCUCUCUCUCCCAUGGAGUCCCUACCUUCCUUUCCUUCCGUCAUGGUCGUCAAGUAAGCAGCAUUGUCGACUACUUCUUGACCAAUAUCCCUUCCAUCACCACCAGUCCUUCUUCUUCCCUCCUUAUCAGGUCUGAUCUCUCUCUUGGCUCUGACCAUAAACUGAUGUCCCUCUCCUUUGACCUCUCAGUCCCUGUGGCUACUCCUUCCUCUCCUCCAUCUGCUUCUUCUUCCUGUCCUCGUCGUCUUUGGCACUUGUCUCGGCUGGCCGAACCUGAUGUUAAGGAUCUGUACAUUGACCGUUUCUCCUCUCUGUCUUCUCCUCUGUCAGAUGAACUGGAUUCUCUUCUCUCUAGUCCUUCUCUGUCCUGUCCAAACAUUGAUAGCCUUAAUGGCUCCCUCAAUGCAGCUAUAUACUCGGCGUUGGAUUCUUCGGUUGGCACCCGUACUCCUCGUCCGUCUCAUUGGAAGCACUUUUGGACUCCUUCACUACAGAAAGCAGCAGACCUUCGUGAACGAUGUUAUCGUAAGUGGCGUCAUUCCUCUGGUCUUGACAAGGUCUUUUGGUGGAAUCAACACAUAGCAGCACAUGCAAAGUUCAAGCAGGAUCUUCGAACAGCAAAGCAACUCUCUUGGCGCGCCUUUUGUAAUGCGUUAGAAGCUUCUGACAUGUCAACUGCUCUGAAGAAGGUGAAACAGUUGAAGUCUCGCCGUUCUCGUUCUGCUGGCUUCGUUCAUCCAGACGGUCCUUCUGCUGGUGCUCAAGUCAUGCGUGACCAUUUAGCUUCUGUGUACUCUGGGUCUGGUCUACCCAUCACUCGCCCUCCUCCUCUUCCUUCUUCUACCUCUUCUUUGCCCUUUGUGGUCCCUGAAGAUGCUUCUCCCUCUUCGUCGUCCCUUGUCUUGCCUUCUUUCGAAGCUGUUCACUCUUUGCUUUCGUUGGGCCUCACUCCUUCUCUUUGGCGACAAGCCCAUGUUGUCCCCAUUCACAAAAAGGGUAUGUUACCGAUCCUGCUAACUUCAGGCCAAUCUCCCUCACUUCAUCAUGAGAAAGCUCUUCGAGAUGUGUCUCUCUUCUUUUGUUGUCUCUGUCUCUCCUCCCUUGAUGUCGCCCAAGGUGGAUUCCGUCCAAACUGUGGAACUCUCUGUUGGCGUCUUCUGCCCACUUUCUCUCGUCUCUCUUUUGUCAAUUUGUUCGAUAACGUUGAAGUCUCUGUCUUGUUGUCCAACAAUGUGUCUCUUCCUUUCUCCCCUUGUACAGGUGUUCUCCAAGGUUCUGUUCUCAGUCCUCACCUGUACUCGGUUUACAUUAACUCUCUUGCUCCUCUUCUGCGUUCUGCAGCUUCCCCUCGGACUGCUUCUGUCCUAUCCUCCUCUCCUUCCGACCCCAUUGUCCCUCCCUGGUAUCCCGUCACAAUGCCAGCGGUUCCUUCUCCCACUCCUGUCAACUGCCUGCUGUACGCCGAUGAUGUGGCACUCAUUGGCUCUGCUCGUGAAGUCCAGACAAUGCUACAACUCUCGGAGUCUCAUUCUGCUUCCCUUGGGUACAGGUGGUCACCUCCAAAGUGUGCUGUUCUCAAUCCUCCUUCCGCCACUUCCUCUACCUCUGUGACCUUGUCACUCUAUAGUGUGCCUCUCCCUGUCGUCGAAGAGUUUAUAUACCUUGGUGUCCCCUUCCGUCGUGCAGGCAUCUCCUCCCCUACCAUCGUUACUAAACGCAAACCUGGCACUAUGCUCCAGAUGUCUCAGUUGAACGCACUUGGUGCAAAUCGUUCUGGCUUCUCCCUCUUGUUCUCCUCUCGCCUGUACGCCUCCUCCGUCAGACCCAAACUUGAAUAUGGCCUCGCCAUUUCCCAACUUCGUGGUGUUGACUACACAGCAUUGGAGAAGGUCCAAAAUCGUUGCUUGCGAAUGAUCUUCGGUGGCCAUGGCACCUCCUCAACAACUGUCUUUUGUCAUUUGACCAAUUUGCCGUCAAUGCGUUUCCGAGCAGAUACUCUUGUGGCAAAGUUCUGUCUUCGUGCCCGAGGCCUACCCCCUGACUGUCUUCUUUCUCUCCUCUCCUCCUCUUUGUCCUCACCUACCCUCUCUUCUCUUUGUGGUCGUCCCCUGGCUCGUGAUAUGCCUGACUCUCUUGGCUCUCGUGGUCACCCUGUCUCCUUUUGGCUACGUCGAUAUCGUCAG